GAGCUUACUUUGGAGAAAAAUGAUAAGGGUAACUUUAAUAUUCAGGAUAUACAGGACUGUUUGUACUUGCUGAAAACGGAAAUUGUUAAUCAUAAAUGCAAAGGCAAAGUCCGCAUUGGAGUGCAUGGUGCUGCAUCUAAGAUGGUUGAUAGCAGUCGGAAAUUCAAUAAAGAGGUAGACCAAAUAGAUUGGACUAUAACAAAGUGCAUUGAAGCUGUAAAAAAGGCUGAGCGAGCUGGUUGGGGCCUUGUUAUCGACCGCCACUUUAGUUGUGGGACAAAGGAUACGUCUAUUGCUGAUUUGUGUAUUGGUUUGGCUAUGAGUCAAAUUAAGAUAGGAGUUUCGUGUGUGGAUGAUCCUUGCAGUAUAUGUGAUCGGCUUGGUGAAAUUGAAAAGGAAGUUGAUGAAGAAUAUAUGGAAAGUUAGUAUCAAUAAAUCUGCAAGACUAGUGGCUAAGAUGAUGGAGCAUGUGAGGGAGAAAUUAACACAUGACAUCCCUCGAAGACUACCGCCGAAUUAAGAACGGUGAGAUCACAGAAGAAGUCAUCAAGGAAAAUCUUAGAUGGUGUGCGGAAGAGGAGGAAAGAGAAGCAGAUAGCAAAGAAGAGGAAGAGGAAGAAAUGGAAGAAGAAGAAUAUGAAAGCGACAAGUCCGUUUGGUAAAUAGGUUCAAAACAUGGUAGUUUGAACUUUCGUAGUUUGGAAUGAAAAGUUUGAUAUGUGGUUCGAACUUCGGUUCAAAACAUUGAAUACGGGGGGAACUCAGAAUUCUUAAGAUUUUUGGUUCAAAACAUCAAAU